AUGUAUAGUGAUAGGGAAGUGUUACGGCAAAAAAUUAAAUUACUUAGUGACCAGGGUAUGUCCGCGGGGAGGGUCGCAAGGGAGCUCAACUGUAACAUCAAAACAGUCAAGAAGUGGUCAAAUCAGGACAAUUUUCGGCAUAAAUACAACACAAUUCAACGCAAGAAAAUGACACCAAACACCAAGAGAAGGGUCAGCAAUGAAUUAAAAGACAAAGUUGGGGGCAGUUUGCGAAAAUGCGUCCGUAAACUCAAUAUGUCCAGUGAUUACAUUAACCGCGACAAAACUAUCUCAAGACGGACAGUUCAAAGGUAUCUAAAAUCAACAAAAUGGGGAUCAAUUGCAAGAAAAAUGAAAGUAAAGCCACUAUUGACCCCCAAAAAUAUUGCUGAUCGCUUAAAAUUUGCAAAUAUGGUUACCAGUGCCGGGUAUUGUGAUAAUACCCGAAGGGGGCGGGAACUUCGGGAAAACGUCCUAUGGACGGAUGAAUCACCAAUUGAACUAUUUCCGAAGUUAAAUCAUCAAAAUACCCGUAUUAGGACAUCAGAUAAGACAAAACAAAUUGUUGGCCGACCUAAAUUUCCAUUAAAAAUCAUGGUCGCGGGUGGUAUCACAGCUAGUGGGAAAACAGAGCUAUAUGUCUGUCCGCCAAAAGAGACUAUCGGUGGACAGGUUUAUGAAUCUAAAAUAUUACCAUUAUAUUUAGAUGCCAUUAAUGAUCCAUUAACGAUCGGUAACAAAAGAAAGGCCACACUUUGUCAGGAUAGUGCCCCUGGCCACAAUAUCCGAUCGGUAAUUAACAAAAUAACAUCAACAUAUCCGAACUCUUGGACUGUCGGUAAAUGGCCGGGAAAUUCUCCGGAUUUUAACUUAAUUGAACCCGUUUGGAGUGUACUUAAGGAUUCCGUACACAAAAAUCCAAUUCCCAAAAAUCGGGAUCAAUUAAUUAGAAGAGUUCGGGAAACUUGGAAUUCCCUAAAUCCCGACUAUUUAAAAAAACUUGUCCACUCAUUCCCGAACCGCAUCAAACAGGCUAUUGACAAUUGCGGAGGAAAUACUGACUAUUAA